AAAUUGUUGAAUUCUCCUGUAACUUGCCAAAAUGACAAGUGAAGAAGUGACAUACGCGGACCUGAGGUUCACGACACUAGAAAAAUCCCAGGACCAGGAGCUCCAUACUGCCAGAGCGAAAGAUUAUUUUACAGGGACCUGGCUUUCAUUGGUGACUGUUCCUGAGGGUAUUUUCUCAAAAGGUGAAUUUAUUCCUGAUUUGGCAGGUUAGGCACUCAAAAGUAAAAAUACCCCAAAGUAAAAAUACCUGGCUGCAUAUGAAAAUUUCAGCCAUGUUGUAAGCACAAAUACUUUGAUAUUCUUUCCCCAUGUGUGAAAUCCUGUGCUGUUGAGCUUUAUUUGUCCAAUCCGUUUUCUCUUAAAAGCUCCUGGCUAAGCUAGUCUUCACAGCUUGCUUGCUUUCCAGCCCCUGUCUCCUAAGGAGGUCCCAAAUGAUGGGACAGUUUUCAUCAUGUAAUACCACAUACCAGUCUGAAAAUCAGCAGUUCACUGGGCAGACUACCAGUCGUGUUGUCUUGUGCAACGCAGGAGCUGCAGAUACAAAGAAGAGAGGUUCCUGUUCUUGCUGCUUUUCCUUCUUUUUGUCUAUCUCAGAUUCCCCCAGUCCGUCUUCCUGUUGGCGACUGGCUACAGUGGCGCUUGGGGUCUUCUGCCUAAGUUCAGUGGUAGCUGCAGGAGUCUUGGCUGCCAGGUUCAUCCUGGUCUGCCACCUUGUGCGUGAAAGGGAUGAAAACUCCACUCUGCAAAAGGCACUUAUGGAAAGCCUCAACCAGCAGCUGGAACACCUCCAGGCUCAGAAUUUGAACUUGACAGAGACUGUAAAGCAACUUGCCACCUCCAGAGGACAUAAAUGUAUUCCUUGUCCUGAGAACUGGCUGCAGUAUGGGGAGGACUGCUAUUACUUUUCAAAAGAAUGGAAAACUUGGCAAGAAAGCAAGGCUCAAUGCUCUGCUCUGGAGUCCAGACUUCUUAAGAUAGAGAGUAAGGAAGAGCUGGACUUCGUGAUGCGAUCCGCACAGUUUUACAGUUCUUACUCUUUCUGGAUUGGGCUGUCUCGCAAUGGAACUGAGGGGCCCUGGCUGUGGGAGGACGGAUCAGCUUUCUCCCCUGAUCUGUUUCAGAUCCAACGAGCCAGCUCAAGUCCUUUCCUAGACUGUGUGUGGCUUCAAGGUGCAAACAUAGAUGCUGCACGGUGUGGCGAGUACAAAUUUUACAUUUGUGAGAAAGUGGCGUAUCCUGCCAUGGUCAAGCAAGCGAGCUACUUGGACAGGCUCUAGUAUGCAGAGCCCUAUCCUGGGAUGCGCUUUUGUGAGGGCAAGUUCUGCUCCAGGGUUUGUGAUAAGGAAAACAAGUCUGAGCUCAGGAUAAUGUAACAUCUAAGCUUAACUUGCCCUCUGGUAAUGCACAUCAGCCAGACUCCUUGAGCUUUUUCUUCAACAACUUCAUUCCCUCUUUGUUCUUUCAGCCCUUGCAUUCUUGUGUAAUCACUUCUAUCCAUUUCUCAUAAAUUCCUUUCUAAAUGAAACAAAAUUAAGUAUGUGAUUCCAGAACUCUAUUUUAAAGCUUCAUACCUAUCUCCCAGAAACAGAGAUCAAUGACCGUUUGUAAGAGUAACACAUCAUGUUUUCAAAAUCGGGUAUGCACAGGAUGUGAGCUGUCAGUUUACAAUAAAUUUCUAGGUAUUUGAUUUAAUUUCACUCCCCAUCUGCUGACAACUAGACAGUGCAACAGAAUCAGAGCCUGCACUAAGAGAAAAAUAAAAAUAUUUCUAGUUCUUCUGGUUAGAGAGGAAAGCUUUCAAAUGGGAUUGCAUGCCCUAUUUGAAGGCAAAAAACAGAAGGCAAAUACACAACACAUCUUUAUUGGAGAAAGUCAGCAAUAUUUAAAGCCCAGGAAUGCCAGCAUAGCUGCUAGUGGAUUGUUCUGCUGCAAUGGGCAUUAUAAGGGAAGGUGCAUUCCUCUAAGACAUCUGUCUUGGUAAUUAUCCCUGUCACAUUUGAUCCAGUUCUUUGAUUUCUCAAAUGCAUUUUCCGUUCUGUUGCACAAUUUCACAACUGGAAUAAAUAUUGCAGCUACUGACCGUUUCUGUAGUGUGUCUUUUUAGUAAGUCACUGGGCACAGUAGGCUCAAAACCCAUCAGAUACAGGGCCUUUAACAAUGCAAACUCUCCUGCUGC